AUGACGACCGAAGUCCCGCUUCGCCAGGAUGGCUUCAAUUCAAGCAGUACGAGAACACUCCUCAGAGUCAUUAUUCUCUGCUUAAUCGCCGGAGCUGCCAUCUCGAGCCGGCUGUUCUCGGUGAUUCGGUUUGAGAGUAUCAUUCACGAAUUCGACCCCUGGUUCAACUUCCGCGCGACCAAAUAUCUCGCUUCGAAUGGCUUCUACAAGUUUUGGGAUUGGUUCGAUGACCGAACGUGGCAUCCUCUCGGUCGCGUCACGGGAGGCACUCUUUAUCCCGGUCUCAUGGUUACGAGUGGUGUUAUCUACCAUGCCCUCAGGGCGCUGACCGUUCCCGUCGAUAUUCGUAACAUCUGCGUUUUGCUGGCACCCGCGUUUUCUGGUCUUACAGCCUAUGCGACCUAUCUUCUUACUAAUGAAAUGACCACGUCGCCAUCAGCUGGCCUGCUUGCGGCCGCGUUCAUGGGCAUCGCCCCCGGCUACAUCUCCCGAUCUGUUGCUGGAAGUUACGACAAUGAGGCCAUUGCCAUAUUCCUCCUCGUCUUCACCUUUUAUCUCUGGAUAAAGGCCCUGAAACUGGGCUCAAUGCUCUGGGGAGCCUCAUGCGCUCUCUUCUAUGGCUACAUGGUGGCAUCGUGGGGUGGUUAUGCGUUCAUCACUUGCCUGCUACCCCUCCAUGCUCUGGUUCUCAUCUGCAUGGGUAGAUACAGUACCCGGCUCUAUGUCAGCUACACCACCUGGUACGCCUUGGGAACGAUUGCCAGCAUGCAGAUUCCCUUUGUCGGAUUCCUCCCCGUCAAGACCAGCGAGCAUAUGCCCGCCCUCGGCAUCUUUGGUUUCCUUCAGUUGAUUGCCUUCAUCAAUUACGUUCGAUCUGCUAUUCCUAGCCGACAGUUUCAGACUUUUCUGGCGACAAUUCUGAUUGCUACUUUUGGCAUCGGCUUGAUUGCCCUUGUUGCCCUGACAUCAUUUGGUUACGUUGCACCUUGGAGCGGUCGAUUCUACUCUCUGUGGGACACGGGUUAUGCCAAGAUCCACAUUCCCAUUAUUGCAUCAGUUUCCGAGCAUCAGCCCACUGCUUGGCCAGCUUUUUUCUUCGAUCUCAGCUUCCUCAUCUGGCUCUUCCCUGCUGGUGUUUACAUGUGUUUUCAGGAACUUCGCGAUGAGCAUGUCUUUAUUGUCGUCUACUCCUUGUUUGCGAGUUAUUUUGCGGGCGUCAUGGUUCGACUUAUGCUGACCUUGACCCCCAUCGUCUGCGUGGCCUCGGCUAUCGCUCUGUCCAGCAUGCUUGACCUAUACGUUUCCGCAAAGACUCCAGAUCCCAAGGAAGUGGAAAGAAUCGUCGCCGACGCCGCCUCUAAGAAACCUUCCAAGGCAACAACUGGACUCCGAGGCAGCGAUAAGCCAAAGAUUGGUAUCUUCCACUCAUCAUCAAAGUUUAUCGUCGUGGCCUCGGCCAUUGUGUACCUGCUCAUGUUUGUCACGCAUUGCACUUGGGUCACGUCAAAUGCCUACUCGUCCCCUUCAGUCGUCCUCGCCAGCCGUAUGCCUGAUGGGAGCCAACACAUCAUUGACGACUACAGAGAGGCAUAUCAAUGGUUGCGACAGAACACCAAGGAAGACGCCAAAAUCAUGUCGUGGUGGGACUAUGGCUACCAAAUCGGCGGCAUGGCUGAUCGGCCAACGUUGGUGGAUAACAACACAUGGAACAACACACACAUUGCGACUGUUGGCAAGGCUAUGAGUUCGAGGGAAGAGGUCAGUUAUCCUAUCAUGCGACAACAUGAGGUGGAUUACGUCCUAGUAGUGUUUGGCGGUCUGCUGGGCUACUCUGGUGACGACAUCAACAAAUUUCUUUGGAUGGUUCGUAUCGCCGAAGGCAUUUGGCCCGACGAAGUCAAAGAGCGGGACUUUUUCACAUCCCGCGGCGAAUACAAAGUCGACGGCGACGCUACCGAGACGAUGAAGAACAGCCUGAUGUACAAAAUGUCCUACUACAAUUAUCACAGCCUGUUCCCUCCUGGUCAAGCCACAGACCGGGUCAGAAACUCUCGCCUCCCUGACCAAGGUCCAGUCCUUAACACCCUGGAUGAAGCCUUUACCAGCGAGAAUUGGAUCAUUCGCAUUUACAAGGUCAAGGAUCUCGAUAAUGUUGGAAGAGACCAUGCAGCUGCCGCAGCGUUUGAGAGAGGACAAAAGAAGAGGAAAACGAACAAGAAUAAGGGGGCCCGCGUACUCAGAGUCGACUAA